AAUUCCAAUCAGAAUUUCUUGUGCACAUCUCCGGCCGCAGAUUAUCCCGCGAAUUUCGCGUGUCGUGCUCUGCAUAUUUUUUGUGCAAAAUCUCUUUAAUUUUAAUUCAGCCGGCUUCAAUUUAUCGGUCGUGUUCUAGUGCUUGUUGUCCGAAAUCAACAUACACCUGAAAAAUGGCCCAAAACGCUGACCUUAUCAAGCAGGCAAUGUUUGAGGAGCUGCAGAAAAUCCUGAAUCCCGAUGGAGACAUCCGAAGGCAAGCAGAGGAAAGAUUGGCCCAGCUGAAGUAUACCGAAGGCUACGGCGUCUAUUUGGCGGAAAUUACCAUCAAUCAGAAUCUGGACCUUCCCCUUCGGCAGCUGGCAUCCGUUAUGCUCAAACAGUAUGUGGAAGAUUGUUGGGCAGUGGAAAAUGAAGACGGUCAAUCCUCGAACAGCGCUCUGCUGGUCAACAAUGAGGCCAAGAUUGCCAUCAAGACCAUACUGCCGCAGGGAUUGUACGACCCGAACAGCAAGAUCCGUAGCGUAGUGGCCUAUUCCAUUUCGAACAUUGCCUCAUACGAUUGGCCAAACGAUUGGCAGGAGCUGUUCGACAUCAUCGUCAAAUGCCUUAGCGGAAACGAGAAUUCGGUUCACGGUGCCAUGAAGGUGUUGGUGGAAUUCACCCUGGAUUUGGACAAGCAGAUCGCGGAAGUAGGCCCCAUGAUCCUGUCCGAAGUGUAUCGGAUAUUUGCGGCUCAAGAUGUGUACAGCGUGUCGACCAGGAGCUACGCUGUGGAGAUUUUGAAUUCCUUGUUGCGGAGCAUCAUCACGCAUAUCGACUCCAAGCAGGAGCAGAGUAACAUCUUGAAUCCAACCCUGCCGACGUUUAUGCAGAAGAUGAUUGAAGGGCUUACCGUGCCGAAUGGACCGCACAGCAGCUUUCAGUUGAAGACGCAAAUCAUCAAAGUGCUCAAAUACAUGAUUUCGGACAUGCCCAAGUUUGCCAAUCAAUAUUUGGCCGCAAUUCUUCCGCCGAUCUGGCAGCUGUUAACCCAAAUGGCCGACAUCUACAUCAAGAUCGUCGUCAAUGAAACUGAGGAGAAUCCUUUCGUCAGCAACUCGGAUGGCGAUGAAGGUGAUGAUUUCACCGCAAUGAUUCUGCAGACGUUCGAAUUUCUGCAUACCAUCAUUGAGAUGAAGAAAUACAAGGGAGCCGUGACGAACGUGCUAACCGACCUCAUCUACAUCGUAAUCCUGUACAUGCAGAUGACCGAAGAGCAAGUACAAAGCUGGCAUGAUGACCCGGAGAAGUUCGUAGAAGACGAGGAUGAGCAAGGUAUAGAUUUCACCAUUCGGUCCACCGUUACCGAUGUACUGCUCAUAAUCGGCCAGGAAUACGAACAGAAGCUGCUGCCCUGCUUGUCGGAGGCGCUGAGUAAGCACAUUGCCGUGGCGGAUGCAGAUCGCAACGCCGGAAAUCCGCACUGGUGGAAGGUAUAUGAGGCUUCAAUGCUGGCGGUGGGUUCUUUCAAGGACCUGAUCGUCGAAAACGAGGGAAAGUUCGACAUGGCUCAGUAUAUGAAUCUGGUCAAGAACACCAUGGAGUACCAGCUUGCAAAUGAAACAAAAGUUUCCCCAUAUCUACUUGGACGUUGUUUGUGGAUAUUCAGUCGAUACUGUGACUGCAACAUGUAUGAUCAGCCAACUCUGCAGCAAGUCAUUGACAUAACUAUCAAUAGUAUGUCACCGGAGAAGCCAACUGUGCUGAAGAUCACUGCUGCCAGGGCAAUUUAUGGUUUCUGCACAAACUUACGAGAAUGUAAUGACGAGCGCAAAACCUUCCUUGUUCCAAAGUUGGAGCAAUUCUUCGAGUGUCUGAUGCCACUGUUCAAUCACUCGCAGAGCACUGUCCAAGGACUUCUGCUGGAAACGUUAACGGCCGUCAUCUCGUACGACGCCAACGUCACGGCCGCCAUCUCGAGCAAAGUGGUAUCGCUCACCAUCGCCAUGUUCCUCAAAUAUCACGACGAUCGCUUCAUUCUGGAAAUAGUGCAGGACAUCCUCAAAAUCCUCUCGCAAAACCCUCUCUGCUUGGUGCCUCUUCAAGAGAAAAUAAUUCCCACCCUGGUAAGCAUCCUCAAUUCCGAAGGAGCGCAAACAUCCAAUAUGCAGGACAUUGCAUUGGACGUCUUGUGCACGGUGGUUAAAUAUUCUCGGGGUCCUCUCUCUAGCAUUAUGGUGGAGAGCGCUUUCCCGGCAGCGGUGCACUGUGUUCUACGCACCGAAGAUCAUUCCGUUAUGCAGUCAGGAGGAGAAUGCUUGAGGGCGUUCCUAACCGUUGAUCCGGAACAGAUUUGUGGCUAUAAGAACGGCGAAGGCCUGAACUACAUCAUGCAAGUGACGACCAUGCUCUUGAACCCAAUGAACACCGAAGACACGGCUGCCUUCAUCGGCCGUUUGGUAAUCAUCAUCAUCACCAAAGUGGGCAACUUGCUAGGCGACAAUGUAGAUCUACUGUUGAAAGCUGUAAUCAGCAAAAUGCAACUCGUUGAAGCAUUGAAUGUGAUCAUGAGCUUGGUGAUGAUCUUCGCACACCUUAUUCUAGUCCAAAUGGAUGCUGUUCUCAACUUCCUGAGCACCGUUCCUGGGCCAACAGGAGAACCGGCAAUGACUUUCGUGUUUGCUAACUGGCUUAGUCGACAGCACAUGUUUUACGGAACGUACGAGAGGAAGGUCAGCAUAUUGGCUCUCUGCAAGUUGUUCGAGUACGGUGUCACGACGAAGGACGAGCGAUUGAACUCGGUUAUGAUCAAAGAACCUGUUAUCAACCCUCAGCAAGGCCGACGAACGCGAUCCGCUGCCGCCAAAGCACAGCAGGAGUGGGUCGAUGUACCAAUUCUGCUCAAAAUUUUCAAACUGCUUGUUAACGAAUUAUCCAACUUGAAGGAAGCGAAAGAAGCGCUCGAACGUAACGACCAGGAUGAUUCGGAGGAGUCUGACAGCGAAGGAGGCGAACGCGGCAGAAUCGACUUAGCGGCGAUGAUCAUGGGUUGCGCUGACGACGACAGCGACGACGACGAUCAGCAACUGAUGAACGAACUGAAUCAGAAUCCCAUUGUCCCGAGCAAUAUGCAAGAGUAUCUGGUCAAAUUUGUGCACAGCUUCAGCCAAGACGAGCACUUCCGCGUAUUCCUGGAAAAGUUGGACGACUCUGAAAAACUGGUACUCACUGAUUUUGGAAUCAGCGUUUCCUGAAGUUUGGUUGGUAUCUAAGCAGAUAAAUUCGUCAAACGAAAGUUCUAUUCACACAGGCCUGGCACCAAGUGUAGGCUUACUCUGUCACACUCGUAUGUUAAGUUUAAUACAUUAAAAUGAGCAUUAUUUCGUGGUAAA